UGGGGAGUGGGGAAGGAUCUGGCAAGUGCUGGCACUGAUCAUGCCUGCAGGAAGGCAAUCCCAGCCCCUCAGGCAACCUCUCUCCCCUCUUGGCCCCUCCAGACCCCUUUGUGGCUCAGUCCAUGGCAGGCUGCAAGCUCUACCCCAACAGGACCUCUCGGGUCUUCCUCUAUGUGGGCUUCAAUGGGCAGGACUUCCUCAGCUUGGACACAGACAGUUCCACCUGGACCCUCUCCCAGGACACCGACCUGGCACGGUACAUCAGGGAUGUCCUCCAGAACGAAACCACCCUCGCUGAGGCAGCGAAGGGCAUCUUCAAGGAUAGCUGUGUCAAUGCCCUGGAGAUGUUCCUGAGCUACGGCAGGGCAGCUCUGGAGAGACAAGGUGAGACCACCCUGACCCUGCCACAGCCACCCCAAAGCCCUGGGGCCAAGCCGUGCCCAACCAGGGCUUCCCCCACCCCUUUGCUCCCACCCCCAGAGCUGCCCGUGGCCACGGUCUUUGCCCGCACGCCCAGCCCACACCAGCUGCUGCUGGUUUGCCAUGUCACCGCCUUCUACCCCCGGCCCAUCAGCGUGGCCUGGCUGAGGGAUGGCCACGAGGUGCCUCCGGGCCCGCAGCUCAACACCAGCCCCGUCCUGCCCAACGCUGACCUCACCUACCAGCUCUCCAGCGUCCUGGCCGUGGCCCCCCAGGACGGGCACAGCUACGCCUGCCGCGUGCGCCACCGCAGCCUGGGCACCCGCAGCCUCCUCGUCCCCUGGGGUAGGUGCCACCCGGGGGCACGGCAAGGGGCGCCCCAGCCGCCCACCCGCUGCCAUGGAGCAAAGCCCGGCAAGGUCAUGGCAGCCCCUCCUUCUAUUGCCCAGGCAACUCACAGCUGCUGCUCAUCACAGGGCUCGUGGCCGGGCUGCUGGGAGCCGUGGCUCUUGCUGCCCUGA